AUGAAUCAAAAAAAAACUGCUCCUAAGCUGUUUUUGCAGCUAUGGCAGUUUAAACUUAGUCGAGAAGUUCAUUCUCACUCCAAGGUCGAUACGCGCAUGUCGUAUGAUAUCAUUUCCGAAAUCAAAUCGACUCUUAAUGCCAGUGAAUUGGAAAUGUUCCGAAAUCAAAUCGUACAAUUGAACAAAUCUGAAUUAUGGUUUGAAGUCGGCGGGUGUCGGCUGAAAUUUGGCAUUGAAGAAUUUGCGCUGGUGUCUGGUUUAAACUGCCAAGGUGACAGCAGUAAAUAUGGCUAUCCAAAAGUUGCAAAUGGCCUUUAUGACAAGUACUUCAGCGGGCUGCAAUCGGUUUCUAAACAAACCCUUCAGGAUUUGUUUUUAUCUAGGCGUUGGGAUUCGGAGGAGGACGGUUUUAAGCUCGCAUUUAUGCAUUUUUUGCACAAUUUCUUGCUUGCUUCACCAAAGACUGCUCGUAUCCCUUUGAAAGACUUUGAUGUCGUUGAUUCUGCCGAUUUUAAUGACUAUCUGUGGGGUGUUGAUGUAUUCAAGUGCACGUUUGAUUCCCUGGCCACAAAAGCUGUUCUUACUCCAGGAUGUCUUAAGGCUGAAGACAAUGCUUACCACUAUCGCCUAAAUGGUUUUCCAUAUGUAUUGCAAUGCUGGUUCUAUGAGUGCUGCCUGGCAGCCAAAAAAACUUUUGUUCAACUUGUGAACAAAACUGCUAUCCCGCGUAUUUUGAGAUGGCAAGCAUUUUUUCAUCCAAAAUACAUUCCUGUCGACAGAGAACUCUUUGUUGAAUUUGCAUCUGAUCAGGUGUUUUUUCGGUCUAUUGUUCCAACCCCUGCAGAAAAGAAUGCCCUUCCUUUAGGUGACUUUUUCAAAAAGAAUAAGGAUAAGGGUAAGGCAGUGAAUGAUUCUAAUGUUAGCCAAGUAGGUGGGAAUGAAGACGGUUAUUGUCCGGCGUUUGAUAUAUCGAAUGCUUCUGAAUCAAUAACGCAAACUUUGGAUUUAAGUAAAAUGGAAAAGAAGCUUCAAGUUUUGAUGGUUGGUCAGAAGACCAUGCAGGCUGACAUAUUGGAGUUUAAACGUGUUUUCACUUCCAAAUUUUCCGAAGUUUUGACAGUUGUAAAUUCGUUGAAUGCGAUGCUUACUGAUAUUGUUGAUUCAAAAAAGGACAAAGUUGAUGAUUCCAAUGUAGAUGCCUCAUCUUCUCGAGAUGGCAGUGAACAUGAGGAUGAUUCUAAAUCAUCUUCUAUUGAACCUGAAGAGAAAAAUGCUGAUCUUCCCGCGAAGAAAAAUAGUUCUAUAGGAACCGAAGGAGGAGUUGAAGAUUCCGUUGAUGCUCAAAAGGUCACGCAUACUGAUGAAAUCGAUCCUAAGUCUUAUUCUGUAAAAGAAAAUAAAGAGGGGGAGUCUUCUGAUGAAGAAGAAAGUAAUGAAAAAAUAGAAGAGGUAGGGGAGCCUUCUGAUGGAGAAGAAAGUGAUGAAAAAAGUGAAGAUGUAGGUGAGUCUUCUUGUGAGGAAGAUGGUUCUAAAAAAAUGGAAGAUGCAGAUUUGGUUGACGAGAAGGCUGGUGAUUGGACUGACAUUACUGAUAAUGUUCCAAAUGAGAAGAAUAUGGAAGCUGAUGUUGUGAUUGCUUCGACUGCUAAGGUUCCGCGUGAAAGUAAGGCGAUUUCAAUAUCUCCAACAUGCACUUUGACAGAAGAAAUGUGUGAUGAGGCUGAAAAAAAGGCAUAUGAAUCCAUUGCUAAAUUAAAAUCUAAGGAGAUUGACUAUAUAGAAGCAAACUUCAGUACUGUUUCUAUUAACCCUGAUGUUGUGACUCCAGUUCCUUCUAAAAGGAUUGUAAAACCUAGUUUUUUAAUGAAGUCACCAUUUUUGAACGAGUUUGGUUCUUCUUCAGGCUGCAUUAUGCCGAAGCCAAGUAAUGGUAGCGUCUGUCUUUGUCCAUUUGACGGUAAUUGCAUUUUUUUAGUGAUGUCACUAAACAAGAUAUUGUUCGGAAAUGGCUGGCAGAAGGCGAUCCUAAAAGCUCCAGGAAGAAAAUAUACGAUUCAAAGACUGACAUAUUGCGUCCCCGUUUUUGUCUUGGCGUGGCUGACAUUGACUCAAAAACAUGUAGAUAUUUUGCUUUAUUAUCUGAGGAAAAAAAUUAAAAACGGACGUGGUGCAAACAAAAGAUGCACAACUACUGACAAUUUUUUCGAUCGACGUAUUCAAGCCAUAUACGCUUUAUACUUGAAAAAGCAAGAUACGUCACUUGUUUCUUCGAAAAAUACAGCGGCUGAGUACAUUUACGGUGGUCAUAUGCGUUGCAACACCAAGUGGGCUGAUGUUGAUGAUGUUCUUUUCCCGAUCAACUGCGGUAAAGAUUGGCAUUGGAUAUUGGCUCGGCUGAACUUCAAGGAACGAUGCAUAUAUGUCUACAAUUCGUUGAGGUCAGUUCGAAGUGACUCAUCUGCAAUUGAGAUCGUUAACUGCUAUAGUGUGUUGCUUCCGCUCUUCCUUGAAGAUGUCAACUUUUUUGAAUCUCGAGAUGACAUAGAUACUACCAGCGGUCCUUAUGAGGGAAAGAGUAUAACUGACCCAUUCAGAAUCGAGAUUGUGCAGAACUUACCCAUUCAAACUGAUACUGAUUGUGGAGUUCAUAUGUUUGCCGCUGCUGAGUUUUUUGUUGAUGGAAAAGUUAUGCGGCAAGAUUUUAGUGCCGAAGAACACCGUGCUCGUUAUGCUUCGUCAUUGUAUUUUUAUGGUCGUUGGAAGUACGAAUCUUCAGUUCUUAGUGAAAAUGAAGCUCCUUUGAAAAUCAAGAGGGUGACUUCUUAG